AUGGGACGUCCGGCGGCUCCAGGCCACAAGGAGGGUCCUCCGGGUGAUGGCGAACGGAGUGAGGGCGAUCCCGGUGGGCAAAGCAAGAACGGAGGAGGAGGACCACCGGCCCAACUUGGAGCUGCUGGCGAGGCAAAGGAGACGGAGGAGGAGCCAGGAGAGAAGGGAGCCGGACGCAACCCUGGAGCUGGCAAGGGCCAGAGGAAGGUUGGCCGAGGAGAUGGCCAAAGAAGCGGUCCGUCGAUGGAAGGCGGAGGCAGCUGCAGGGCGUGUCGCAAUGCUCCGAAGAGCGGCGCGCCGGAGAUGCCAGCGGAGCAGGGCCACCCAGCGGAGCCGGUGGGCCAGGAAGGAGGCGGUGGAGGCAAGAUUGAGAAGGAUGACGGGGCCACGGGAGUGGCCAAGCCGGAAACUGAAGGUGGUGCGCUGGGGGCAUGCUUGGAAUUCUAG